ACUAGAGAGAGUUUCCACCCACACUCCUUAGAAUUUCUCCUUUUUCAGCAAAUCUGAUUUCAAAAUAAAAAGAAAAAGAUGAAUGAGGGGAGGAGGAAGAAGAGUGUGAACGGAGGAGGCGCAUCGGCGCAAACUAAUCCGGAUGAUAGGAGAUCUACUCUUCCGGAAGCUGAAGUGGCGGGGAAGAGAGCUGUAAUCAAGAGUGCUGAUAUGAAAGACGAUAUGCAGAAGGAAGCUAUCGACAUCGCCAUCACCGCAUUUGAGAAGUACAGUGUGGAGAAGGAGAUAGCUGAGAAUAUCAAGAAGGAGUUUGACAAGAUUCAUGGUCCUACUUGGCACUGCAUUGUUGGUCGCAACUUUGGUUCAUAUGUAACACACGAGACAAACCAUUUCGUUUACUUCUACCUUGACCAAAAAGCUGUUCUUCUCUUCAAGUCUGGUUAA